AUGCGCAAGAGGCGUCGUCAGGCUGAACUGCAAGACAAACGCGAUCGCAUCCGGAUGGGUCUCAUACCUCCGGACCCCCCGAAAGUUCGCCUGGCAAACUUAAUGAAAGUGCUCACCUCGGAUGCUGUGCAGGAUCCUACGCGGGUAGAGGCUCGUGUUCGACGCGAGGUUGCAAUGCGCAAACACGGUCACGAGAAAAUGAAUGCGGAGAGGAAGUUGACGGACGAUCAGAGGAGGGAGAAGGUGGAAACGAAGAAAGUAGAGGAAGAGAAGAAGGGUAUCUAUGGUGCUGUUUUCAAGGUGAAGACGCUCUCCGACCCCGCCCACCGUUUCAAGGUUCGCAAGAAUGCCGAGCAGAUGAACCUCACAGGCGUGGUAAUCUUCCACCCAACUUUCUCUAUGGUGUACGUUGAGGGAGCUGCCAAGUUCGUGCGCAACUACACGCGACUCCUGACGCAUCGUAUCGCAUGGACGGAGGCCGCUCGAGCUCGAGGUACUGAGGACGUUGUUCUGGACGGCGACAAUGUAGAAGCGUCCGCCGCAGGCCCCUCCGCUGUGGAAGACACGAAGAAGACGGAUGACCCGGAGGUGUCGUUGGUAGAUAACCGGUGUGACAUGGUAUGGGAGGGGCAGUUGAGGGACAGGGCGUUCACGAACUUUAGGCCGAAGACGUGUCCUACGGAUGCAUCGGCCAGGGAGGUUCUCGGGACGAAGCUGGCGGGAUAUUGGGACAUGGCGAAGAACUUUAAGCCAGAGGACGAGUUCUCGAUCUGA